ACGUGUUGUGUUGUGUUGUGUGAGUGUGUUAUGUUGUGUGUGAGAGCAGUACGCACUGAUGCUCUGCCAGUAAUUUCCUCGUUUGCCCCGAUGCGCUCAUUGGUGCAUCCCUCCAACGUGUCACCACUUUUGGUGGAUUACCCCAGAUAUCUUCACCAUCGGGAGCGUGAAAACACCAUUCCUUUCUCUCAACUCUUGUCUUCACGUUGUCCAGCUGUCAACAGUACAGGACCUCUGACAACACUUGGGGAAACUUGUUCCUUCCAAAGAACAACUCGUGAAAAGAAGGAUUUGAAGAGUUUUUAUUUGUUGCUUUAGCACAAAAGUGCAUUUAUUUUACUUCAGAGUCGAAGAUGAAGCCGUCUUUUUUAUUUCUGUUUAUGGCCCCCGUGGUGUUUCAGGGUCUCUGGGUCAGUGGCUCUCCGGGCUGCGCGUCCUGUGGCUUGCCGCCGAUGGAGAAAGACGCAGAGGAAAGGCUGAUGAUAGAAAUCGUCAAGCGGCAACUUUUGGACAAGCUGCACCUGAAGGAGAGACCAAACAUCACUCACACGGUUCCUCGGGCGGCUCUCCUCACUGCGCUGCGCAAACUCCACUCAGGGAGCGUCAGACAGGAUGGCACACUUGAACUAGAAAACAGCAUACCUACUACCAAAGAUCAAGGCUAUGAAAUAGUGAGCUUUGCAGAUCUAAAUGAUGAAACAGAGGGUGGUGAUGCAACCAGCCUCGGUCUUACCUUCCAGUUCCUGCAGGAACGUGGCCAAAGCAUCCAGGUGCUCCAGUCUUCUCUGUGGAUCUACGCCCGCUCCUCUGAGGACCCUCACCGAGACUCCCGCCUCUCAGCCCGGGUUUUCCUCUCUACAGAAGGCGGGGUGUCCGGCUCCUCCAACCGCACCCUGGUGAUGGAGAAGAUGCUGGAGGUCCAGGAGAGUAACUGGCACACCUUCCCUAUCACUCGCACCCUGCAGGCCUUCCUGGAUGGAGGCCAGCGCCGGCUGCGGCUGGAGGUGAACUGCGAUGAGGACGGGAAGAACCUUUGCUCCCUCGGAGCUGGCUCCUCUGACUCCCCCAACCAGCCCUUCCUGGUGGCACAGGUGCGUCUCCGUGACGACCGCUCCAAACACACGCUCAGGAAGCGCUCGUUGAGUUGCGGUGACAACGUGAGCGUGUGCUGCAAGAAAGACUUCUACAUCAAAUUCAAGGAUAUCCAGUGGCACGACUGGAUCAUUGCACCUGAGGGGUAUCAUAUGAACUACUGCAUGGGUCAGUGCCCACAGCAUCUGGCUGGCUCUCCGGGCAUAGCAUCCUCUUUCCACGCCACUGUCUUCAGCCAGCUGAAAGUCAACGGCAUCAACACAGCUGCAUCUUCAUGUUGUGUUCCCACUGAGCGCAGGCCACUCUCCAUGGUGUACUUCAACUCCCAGCACAGCAUUGUCAAAACGGACGUCCCUGAUAUGAUAGUGGAGUCCUGUGGAUGCACAUAAAAGGACAGAGAAUUGAAAGACAUUGAUUUGUUUUAACACUUUAAAGAGUUAAGUUUGUGUGUAGACAGACAGAAAGAUAACACAUGAACAGAGGAGAUGAAAAUGUGGGUAUUUGUAUGUCUAAAUUGGGACAACCAACUCUAAAUAUGUUGUUACUUCUACUUAAAAAGUAGAAUUAACACGUUUGCUUUGUCCCAAAUUAGACACACAAAUGUGUUGAAAUAGACAUUUAGCAGUUUGCACACAGAAACAAUGACUAUAUUGUUAACAUUGUUUCAAAAUUAAUAUUACAUGAGGGAAAUAGUAGACAAAGAUAUUUUUUUGUAUUCUAUUUUACGAAAUCACAGUUUGUCACUCAUCAUAUUUUGUUAAUUUAAUUUUAAAGUCUUGAAAUAUGCAGUAAAGUAAUGAGCUGAUUGGAGAGAAAAUGUUGAGUGCCUAGAGCCAACUGAGUGAAUCUAAAUGAGAUUAUACACUGAGUCUGAAUACAGACGCAUUUCUUUUUAAUCCAAAUGUCAGAGGCAUUAAUUAAAGAGAGGAUAGAAACUAAGCAACCUUAACAUAUGGCAGACUACGUCAUACGUCACACAAAACAUACAAAGAGAUUAAUAUAAAGCCUUCACUGUAGCAUACAUUUCAGAUUUAAAUGCAAUCUAUUUUCAUUUUCGUCAUAUGUAGGUUAUUUAUUUGUAUUUCACAAUUGCUGCUGGGAUUCAGUCCAAAGUAAAGUGUUUUUUGGAUCUCCGGAAAUUAGGAGCAGAGUUGACCGCUUUUUUAUGUAAUAGUCACUUUGUCCACAUUCAAUAUAUACUCGAAAUACUUUAAUUUACGGAGCAGAUAUAUUUUUUUAUGACUUUUCUGCACCUUUUCUUAGCCUAACUAAAUAAUGCCAUUUUAAAGCAAGGCUUUUAAAACAAUGAAAGAUAUCCUUGAUUUAAAGUGUGCCUUCUUCUUCAACUCAUGAUGACAAAGUGCAACUAUAAAGUCAUCUUGGGCUAAAUACCAAAGAGAACCAGUUGAGUAUUAUUGCUGACUAAUGCAGUCUUUUUAUGUCGACCUGUGACACAAUGUUCAUAUGGAGUUUUAUUGUAUUCACUAUAUGACCUUUUCUUAAAUUACACCCAGCAGUUUUGUGAUUGACCUGAGAGGGUUUGAACAGGCACAAUGUGCCCUGAGUUCAGUCUGAGCACAGCUGAUGCUGCAUGCAGCUUGAAAUAUGUUUGAUCAGCAUCUCGACUGUAUUAUUUACACAAGUCGGCUCAUCAGUUGGGUAACUAUGUCUCUAACAGCAUAUGAACUCAAGGUCGUUCCUCAGCGGCGUGAGCAAACAUUUAGCUAUUGCUUCAGUGUCAGGUUGUGUGAAGGUCUGUGAGGCAGGUGGGUCAAUGAGCAUGUGGUGUUGCACGUUGGCGUUUAUAUCUCUCAAAGUCUAAAGUUUUCUUGGAUGAUGUAAAAUUAGAAGCUUUCCAAGCAAUCUGAUAAUCAUUUUUGGGGACAUGGAAAAAAACAUCUUCCUCGUAUCCCAACUGCACAAUUUAUAGUCCUGGCUAUAAUUUAUAAGUGAGUAUGUGCUAUGUUCAUACCUGAUAAAUGAUCAAGUGAACUAUAUUUAAAAUGGCAGCAUCCAUACUAAAAAAAUUAAAGUGUGAUGGGCACACAACGCAACACAUAACAGAAAUGGAGGAUUUACUCACAGAUGAGGGAAAGAUGGUGCAACAGCUCGCAAAACAAAGAAACAUAGUAAUAAAUGAUUGGAAAACUACUUUUUAUGAGAUUUUCAAAUUUGAAAUUGGCAAAGAUUCAAACAUCUGUGAGCACACGCCUCGUGUAAUUUCAUGUGAGGACGAUUGUAUGCAAUACAAUCUUGUAUACCAACUAAAAAAGUAUGACACUGCUAGUACCAAAUAUGUCUGUAGUAUAGAUUUGAGACCCAUGCCUUGUCUAUUUGUUUACACCAUGCGGUGUAAAAGCCAAAGAUACGUUCUGCUUUCUGAAAGAUGUUUCAUGGGUUUGUCUUUACUGUGUUGGUAAACUGUAUUGUGCAGUUGUGUACCAUAUGAUGUGUACCAUCAUAACUUAUUAAGCACUUUAUCACCCUACUGUAUUUUUAGAGCUAAUUUUGCUUGAAGGGUCAACUACUUCUAACUCAGGUGGGCACUACCUGGAACGUGUAGCUGAUGUCGUAGGCCUAAAGAAAGCAAAUGUCAAUCAUCUUAUUUUCUAAAGCUCUAGUUGUGUUUGAAUGCGCUGUAUUGCAUGUGUUUGCAGAGCACACAAAUUUCUGUAUACUGUAACUGGUGGAAAUGGAGCCAGGAUUUGAAUUUUGUGUGAAUUUAAAGUUGUAAUUAUUUUCUUUAUUUUUAUAUCAUACUAUAUUCUAUGCAUAACAAACUAAUUUAAAAUCAGUUAAAUGCAAAAAUGUGUGUCACAAUGUGCUGAAAUGAUAUGAUUACAUUUAAAGUAUAUUUUUAAUACAUAAAUGAAUAUUUUAAAUCAA